GAAAUGAGAAAAAGGGGUUUGGGGUGGAGAGGUGGAGUGGAGACUCCACAAUAAUUGGCAUCAAAUGCUUAUUGGGAUUCGCACUGUUGCUGAAUUCCAAGAUCUGCAACAGCAUCAAUUAUUUAAAACCCCCACCACUACCUCCCUCCUUCUCCGCUUCCUCAUUGGCUGACCUGACCUCCACGGACCCAAAUAAAGGCCGUCCUCCGAGAGGGGGGAAAAAAAAAGGCACAGCUAAACAGGGCUCCGACCGGGAGUAGCACAGAAAGAAAGUUCGAGUUUUUCGCUAUACAGAGGUUUGGGUUUGGGGCCAGCUGAACUGAGCUAUCUGGAGCUUGUGGAGGAUUUUUACGUUUCUCUACUGAUGAGUAAGGGCUUGUUUUGCGGUUGGACUGUUGCUGGGUGGGUUUCUAGAGCCGUCUGUGUGGAUUUUUAGGGGUUUUAUCGUUGUGAUUUGGGGCCUUGCCUUGUGCUAUGCCGAUUUUCUGCAGCCGUUGAGCUCAAAAUUUUAGUUUGGGUGCACGUUAACCGUGGUUCUUUGGGAAGAAUCUGGGACAUGAGGACAGGGGUGUUAGGCUGUUCUUGAGAUACUUUCUUGGGCUGAAUUUGUGGACUCUGCCUUCAUGGUUGGACUAUUUUUGCUGCAUUUUAGCUGGCUUGAGCUCAAAUUGGUGUGAAUAAUGGAUUCUAGGGUUUUUGGGAGAAGUAGUUGAACUUCUGAAUCUUAAUAGUGUUUUAUUAUAACGGCAGCGGCUUCACCGCUAUGGUAGUCCGUGGCUUGAUGAAUAUUACGCGAUAUCAUACGAGGAUUAAUAUUGGGCUGUAAAUUGCAAUUUUGGCAUCUAUCAAAUAUUUGCAGGUUAUGGUGUUUGGGGUUCAGAGUAAUUAAGUGUGUAAAUGGCAGCUGAGUCGAACAGUAGCUUUCACCACAGUGAGACUCUAAUUCCAGCUGCGGCUCUGAAUCGACAUUCCAUAUCAUUCCAAUCUCAUGCGGUAAAUUGCACCUCUGAGAUGAUUCCUAUGGGGAGUUACUUCGGGGUAAAUAGUACAACUGCCAUGAUUUUGCCUGGGAAUGCAAAUAUCAUUAGUAAUGCGCCAGGAGUGACGCAAGCCAGCAAUUCUUCUGGUUCCCAUUUUCUUGAUUCAGUGCCAACGCCCAAUCAUGAGAGUGUUUUGCUUGCUGAAUGGUCAGCUGAGGAUCAGUACAAAUUGGAGGAAGGCCUUGUCAAAUAUGCCAAUGAACCGAGCAUUAUGAAGUACAUCAAGAUUGCUGCCACAUUGCACGAUAAAAGUGUGCGUGAUGUUGCUUUGAGGUGUAGAUGGAUGACGAGAAAGAGGAGAAAACCAGAAGAACACACUGCUGGCAAAAGGGCAAAGGAUAGAAAGGAUAAGCUAGUGGAAUCAUCAUCAAAGACAAAUAUAGCUUCUUCUCCACCACUGAACAUGGCUACAUAUUCUCUUUUGAUGCACCACAUGGACCAGAAUGAUCAUGUAUCCUGUGAAGUAGGUGGAACAGCAAAGCAUCUUUUGGAACAGAAUGCUCAAGUUUUUGAUCAAAUCACAGCUAAUAUUUCUGUAUAUAAGUUACAGGAUAACAUUGACCUGUUUUGCCAGACAAGGAACAAUAUUACUGCCAUCCUAAAUAACAUGAAAGAUAUGCCAGGCAUUAUGAGUCAGAUGCCACCACUUCCUGUAUGCAUAAAUGAGGAUCUUGCAAACAGUAUUCUUCCCAAUACAACUCAUACAAUGGUGUUUGGCUCACCAAGUGGGAUCCAUCUAAAGCAAGAGCCGAGGUGUUGAUGGUGAAACCUGAGAGUUCUUGAGGUUGAGUUUGGCCAUAUCUGAUUUGUGUAAGUACUAAAAUUUUUCUGUUGUAAAAAUGCAGAAGUUGGUAGGAGCUCUUUCUUCCUUGUGUACACACACACUUAUCACACAUGUUGGUUCCAUAAAAAAAAAAAUCUGUAGACAUUUUUGGAAUCUGAAAUAUUUACUUCACCAGAUAUUGAACCCAAACACCAGACAAUAAAUGAACCAACUUCCAUUACCGCCUGAGCUUCAGGGAAGAAUCUCUUACCAGAUUAUUUAUUUUAAAAUGAAUCUUGAGUUAAAUCUUUUGUGUAUAGAUAUAUGUAUAUGUUCAAAUGCUUGGCUGAGUUGGCUUACUUGUACAAUGUGACCAUACCAUUUUGGGUCUCUUUUAUUGUCAAUUUUAUUGUAUUUUUCUUUUUGUUUUGCUGUCCAUUGGACAUUAGCAGUCAUUUAUUAGACCUAUAUCACUGUUACAUUAUUAUUGUUGGAAUUAUCUUUGCCUUUGAUA